AUGUAUAAAUGGUAAUAGAAAAAAUAUCUAAUUGAAUUUAAUAAUGAAAUAGACAAAUACCAUUGGCAUGAAAAUUAUGACGAAAAAUUAGAGGUUACUUCAACUGAUGUUGAAAAUUUGGAUAAAAUAAACUACUAAGAAAUCGCUCUUGAAGUUUGGAAUAAAUUAGAGGAAAACUCAAUUCCUAUUCAAUUUUAGCUUUCGUAAGAAUUUAAUGAUCUAAAUACAAAACUUAUAAAGGUAUUUGAACAUAACCUUUUGGCAUCCGACAUCUCAUUUGUUAAGGCUGCAAUUCAAAACUAAAAUAUAGUUGAAAUUAUUUGCGAUGCAUUGAACGAAUUCAAUCUUACAAGUUAUGACUUUUAUGAUGAGUUUAUUAGUUAAUACUAUUAGAAAUAAAUAGAAAAAUAGAGAAACUUAGGAAAAUCAAUACUUGUUGAUCGGUUUCUACAUGAUUUAAAAAGAUACUCAUCUAACCUUGCAAAAGCAUUGAGCGGAAAAGAAAUGACUUAAGUGCAAUUUAAAUAAUAAGGGUUAUUGUACAAAGAUGAAAAAGAAGAGGAGAAGUGGCUAAAUGAAUAUUUUGAUGAUGAUGGUUAAUAUGGAUCGUAUAAAAAGGAUAUCAGAAGUUGUUCUUUAGUCUAAUAAAAUGGUACUAACUUUUAAUUUGUCCAUAAAUCUAUAUAAGAAUUUUUAAUAGCAGCUGAUUUAUAUGCAGUUUUAGUAUUAUCAAAAGAACUUUAAACUCAAAUAUUUAGAUCCAUUUUAGAAAUUAUGUCCAAAGAGAAUAUCAAAGAUUUAAAAUUUUUUUCAUCUCAACAAAAUUAUGAAUUCUGUCUUAAGGUUGACGAUUUAUCAAUAUUUGAUAAGCAAUAAAAAUUAAAGACUUUAUAAAAGAACAUCGAUUAAACUGUGAAACUUAUGUAAAUUCUAGAAAAACAUAAAUUUAAUUAAAUUAAUUAUUCAACUGAAAUUUAUGCUGAAACAAGAAAAUAUCUUAUCAAAAAAAUAUCAAAGGAUGUUUCAAUUAUAGAAUUUUUAAAAUUCCUAGUGCAUCUAACAGCGAUUGACAAAAAUUUUAUUUAAGGUGGAUCUAACUCACUUAAUAUAUUAGUUGAAAUGAAAGUUGAUCUUACUAAUAUGAGUUUUGAGAAAAUCGAAAUUAAAGACACUUCUUUAAUUGGUGGUAACUUUGCAAAAUGCAACUUCAGUUAAUCUAUAUUCACUAAUGUGAACAUUAAUGGAGUUAAGUUAUUUGGAGCUUAAUUGUUUGAUUGUAAAUGGACAGAUUUGAAAAUUAAUGAUUUACAUUAACUAGUUGGACAUAGUAAUUUAGUCCUAUCAGUAUGUUUCUCUCCUGAUGGUACUAAAUUAGCAUCUGGUAGUUAAGAUGAAUCAAUUCGUUUAUGGGAUGUUAAGACAGGAUAAUAAAUAUCCUAAUUUGAUGGUCAUAAUGAUGUUGUCUCAUCAGUUUGCUUCUCUCCUGAUGGCUCAAUAUUAGCAUCUGGAAGUUCAGAUAAAUCAAUUCGUUUAUGGAAUGUUAAUACAGAAUAACAAAUAGCAAAAUUAGAAAAUCAUAGUAGAGAAGUCCUAUCUGUAUGCUUCUCUCCUGAUGGAUAAACAUUAGCAUCUGGUAGUAAUGAUUACACUAUUCGUUUGUGGGAUUUUAAGACAGGAUAAUAAAAAGCGCAAUUCAAUGGCCAUAAAAUGUUUGUAAAUUCUGUUUGCUUCUCUCCUGAUGGCACUACAUUAGCGUCUGGAAGUGCAGAUAACUCAAUUCGAUUAUGGGAUGUUAAGACAGGAUAAUAAAAAGCAAAACUAGAAAAUCAAAAUGAAACUGUCAGAUCAGUAUGCUUCUCUCCUGAUGGAACUACAUUAGCAUCUGGACAUGUAGAUAAGUCUAUUCGUUUAUGGGAUGUUAAGUCAGGAUAUUAAAAAGUUAAAUUAGAGGGUCAUAAUGGUGUUGUUUAAUCAGUCUGCUUCUCUCCUGAUGGAAUGACAUUAGCCUCUUGUAGUAAUGAUUACUCGGUCCGUUUAUGGGAUGUUAAAGCAGGAGAAUAAAAAGCUCAAUUAGAUGGACAUAGUGGUUAAGUUCAAUCAGUCUGUUUCUCCCCUAAUGAUAAUACAUUAGCAUCUGGUAGUUCCGAUAAUUCUAUCCGUUUAUGGGAUGUUAAAACAAGAUAAUAAAAAACCAAAUUAGAUGGUCAUAGCCAGACUGUUCAAUCAUUAUGCUUUUCUCCUGAUGGUUCUACAUUAGCAUCUGGAAGUUUAGACGACUCUAUCCUUUUAUGGGAUUGGAAGACAGGAUAAUAAAAAGCUAAAUUAGAUGGUCAUACUAAUUCUGUCUCUUCGGUCUGUUUCUCUCCUGAUGGUACUCUAUUAGCAUCUGGAAGUUCAGAUAACUAAAUCCUUAUUUGGGAUGUUAAGACAGGAGUAAUAAAAACCAAAUUUCAUGGACAUACCUACAUUGUUAAUUCUGUAUGCUUCUCUUCUGAUGGUAAAACGUUAGCAUCUGGUAGUAAUGAUAAGACAAUCCGUUUAUGGGAUAUUACGACAGGGUAAUAAAUAGCCAAAUUAAAUGGUCACACUAAUUUAGUCAUAGCAGUGUGCUUCUCUCCUGAUCAUAUAACGUUAGCUUCUGGUAGUCAUGAUUAGUCUAUCCUUUUAUGGGAUUAUAAGACAGGAAAACAAAGAGCCAAAUUAGAUGGUCAUAGUGACACUGUUCAAUCAGUAUGCUUCUCUCCUAAUGGUUUAACAUUAGCAUCUUGCAGUCAUGAUCAAACCAUCCGUUUGUGGGAUGUUUAGACAGGAUAAUAAAUAAAAAAAUUAGAUGGUCAUGAUAGUUAUAUUCGAUCAGUCUGUUUCUCUCCUGAUGGUACUAUAUUAGCAUCUGGUAGUUAUGAUAAGUCUAUCCGUUUAUGGGAUGCUAAGACAGGAGAAUAAAAAGCCAAACUAGUUGGUCAUGAUACUUGGGUUCAAACAGUUUGCUUUUCACCUGAUGGUAUGACGUUAGCAUCUGGUAGUACUGAUUAGUCUAUCCGUGUAUGGGAUGUAAAAAAAAGACAGAUCUUACCUUCAUAUAAUCGCUACAAAGAUAUUUUGGCUUAAUAUAAAAAUGAUAUUCUUUUAGAAACUUCUUCAUAUAUUACUAUUCUUCUACUAUCCUAAUAGUUAGUAUUUCAAUCAUAAGGGGCUCUUAUCUUUGAAGGAGAAUUUAUAAAUCAAUCAGGUAUGGAUUUACGAACAUUAUUUAAAUAAAGAGGAAGUUACAUUUUAGAAAGUUAAAUAAGAUUGUAAUAUCAAGAAAAUUGA